GAUCGUGAAGGAGUACCACUUGAACGAUACGGACCGGCCCUUUUCGAACCUCCAGAGCGUCCACUGAUUGACGAUACUCCUCUUCUUGACAACUUUCUAAUCAAAUACAAGUUUUUAUGCCGGAGCCGUGUGCGGCUUCUAGGGAAGGAAGACUUAUCGUCGAAUUCGCAUCAAGUCGAUUCAUCGUCACCUGAUUCGGAAGAGGCUCCCCGAGCACUACAUCCUAGUCAGAAAGGAAAAUGGAGAGUCAAGUCACUCCUCAAAGAGGACAUUACGAAGUUCGUCGAGUUUGUCAAGCGACCCAAGUCACUCAGGAAGUCAUGAUUUAGUCUACAGGAUAGGCUAAGGAUUCACCCUCAUUCCGACAUUCGUUUUUCAGAACCUUAUAUUGUAUCGCUAAUCUUUUUGUGUAACUCGUGUCAUCACUCGUUUUCGCUCCCUUAAUCAAGCUGCUGUGCUGUUACUGAGAACCAAAUGUUGAUAGUCGAUAAC